CCGCGUACUCGCGUGGCCCUCAGCGACCCGCAGGCACAUUUAAGCAGGCUGGUUUUUAGAACCCCGCCUUGCGUGGCAGGGUCCUCUGCAGCCCCAGGGUCAUUUUCAGCAAUGUCGUCUCUCACUUGAACCGACCCGAGACUUAUUUCUUAAAGGAAUAAGCGAAGCGAUCUGGGGAAGCCAGGGGGCGGGCGACGCUGGGCCGGCGCCGGCUGGAGCGCCUGCAGGGGCGGGCCGGGGUUCGGGGCGCUGCCCGCGGUGACGCGCGGCCCCCGCCCGCCGCAGCGACACUGCGAUGGUUGAGGCCGUCGGACUCCACUGCCCGAAGCCUGAUCGCGGGGAACCUUGGUGAAUGAGAAAAUGUAGCGGAGUAAUACCUGCCAAGAGCUUGGCGUGGAUACCCUGGCCCAGACGGAGCAGCUGCCCCUGGGCGUCUUUGUGGCCAUCCAGCCUCACCAUGUCAAAGAAGGGCGCGGGCAGCCGGGCCAAGGGGGACAAAGCAGAGGCACUCGCCGCACUGCAGGCUGCCAACGAGGAGCUGCGAGCCAAGCUCACGGAUAUCCAGAUUGAGCUACAGCAGGAGAAAAGCAAGGUCAGCAAAGUGGAGCGGGAGAAGAGCCAGGAGCUGAAGCAGGUGCGUGAACACGAGCAGCGCAAGCACGCCGUCCUGGUCACCGAGCUCAAGACCAAGCUGCACGAGGAGAAGAUGAAGGAGCUGCAGUCGGUGCGGGAGGCACUGCUGCGGCAGCACGAGGCCGAGCUGCUGAGAGUCAUCAAGAUCAAGGACAAUGAGAACCAGCGGCUGCAAGCCCUGCUCAACACCCUGCGGGAUGGCGCGCCCGACAAGGUGAAGACCGUGCUCCUGUGUGAGGCUAAGGAGGAGGCCAAGAAGGGCUUUGAGGUGGAGAAGGUCAAGAUGCAGCAAGAGAUCUCAGAGCUCAAGGGGGCCAAAAAGCAGGUGGAGGAGGCACUGACGAUGGUCAUCCAGGCGGAUAAGAUCAAGGCGGCAGAGAUCAGGAGCGUCUACCACCUGCACCAAGAAGAAAUUGUCCGCAUCAAGAAGGAGUGUGAGCGCGAGAUCCGUAGGCUGAUGGAGGAGAUAAAAUUUAAAGACAGAGCAGUCUUCGUGCUGGAAAGAGAGUUAGGGGUUCAAGCCGGGCAUGCCCAGAGACUGCAGCUGCAGAAAGAGGCUCUAGAUGAGCAGCUUUCCCAGGCCAAAGAGGCUGAGCGGCACCCAGGCAGCCCCAGACGGGAACUCCCUCAUGCAAGCGGUGCAGGAGACGUCUCCUCAGACCACUCAGGAAGCCCUGAACAGCAGUUGGAUGAAAAGGAUGCCAGGCGCUUCCAACUUAAAAUCGCUGAGCUAAGUGCUAUCAUCCGUAAACUGGAAGACCGCAAUGCCUUGCUGUCUGAAGAGAGGAACGAGCUGUUAAAGCGGUUGAGGGAAGCUGAAAGUCAGUACAAGCCGUUGCUGGAUAAAAACAAACGUCUUACUCGGAAAAAUGAGGACUUGUCCCACACUCUGCGGCGUAUAGAAAGCAAGCUGAAAUUCGUUACCCAGGAGAACAUAGAGAUGAGGCAGAGAGCUGGAAUCAUCCGGAGACCCAGCUCCUUAAACGACCUGGAUCAAAGUCAAGACGAGAGAGAGAUCGACUUCCUAAAGCUCCAGAUUGUGGAGCAGCAGAACCUCAUUGAUGAGCUUUCUAAGACCCUGGAGACAGCAGGCUAUGUGAAGAGUGUGUUGGAGCGUGAUAAGCUGUUGCGGUAUCGGAAACAAAGAAAGAAAAUGGCAAAACUCCCCAAGAAGCCAGUUGUUGUGGAGACCUUCUUCGGAUAUGAUGAAGAAGCUUCCUUGGAAUCCGAUGGCUCCUCCAUUUCUUAUCAAACUGACAGGACAGACCAGACCCCAUGCACCCCGGAAGAUGACCUGGAAGAGGGUAUGGCCAAGGAAGAGACGGAGCUGAGGUUUCGGCAGCUGACCAUGGAAUACCAGGCAUUGCAGCGAGCCUAUGCCUUGCUGCAGGAACAAGUCGGAGGGACCCUGGAUGCAGAGCGAGAAGUUAAGACCCGUGAGCAGCUGCAAGCAGAAAUGCAGAGAGCACAGACCCGGGUGGAGGACCUGGAAAAGGCACUGGCUGAGCAGGGGCAGGAUAUGAAAUGGAUUGAGGAGAAGCAAGCGUUGUAUCGAAGAAAUCAAGAGCUUGUAGAAAAGAUAAAACAAAUGGAGACAGAGGAGGCCCGGCUGAAGCACGAGGUCCAGGAUGCAAAGGACCAGAAUGAGCUGUUGGAAUUCAGGAUCCUGGAGCUUGAGGAGAGGGAGAGGAAGUCACCUGCCAUCAACUUCCACCAUACGCCUUUUGUAGAUGGGAAGAGCCCCCUGCAGGUAUAUUGUGAAGCGGAAGGUGUAACGGACAUCCUGGUCACAGAGCUGAUGAAGAAGCUGGAUAUCCUGGGGGAUAACGCCGUAAGUAAUCUGACCAAUGAGGAACAAGUGGUUGUCAUUCAAGCAAGGACAGUCCUGACCUUGGCAGAAAAGUGGCUCCAGAGGAUUGAAGAGACAGAGUCAGCUCUACAGCGGAAAAUGGUAGACCUGGAGAGCGAGAAGGAGCUGUUCAGCAAGCAGAAAGGCUACCUGGAUGAGGAGUUGGACUACAGGAAGCAGGCACUGGACCAAGCUCACAAGCACAUCCUGGAGCUGGAAGCCAUGUUGUAUGAUGCCCUGCAGCAGGAAGCCGGGGCCAAAGUGGCUGAGCUGCUGUCAGAAGAAGAGCGUGAGACGCUCAGGGUGGCAGUGGAGCAGUGGAGACGCCAGGUCAUGAGCGAGCUGCGGGAGCGUGACGCACAGAUCCUGAGGGAGCGCAUGGAACUGCUGCAGGUUGCGCAGCAGAGAAUAAAAGAGUUAGAAGAAAGAAUAGAAACCCAGAAGAGACAAAUAAAGGAGCUGGAAGAAAAGCUUUCAUUCUCUGGUCAUAGCUGUUCUUGGCACACUGAACUGCCCUCUGAAGAAGUGGACCUUUGUCCUCUAACAGGACCAGAGAGCAGCAGGUGCCAGAGAAAGCAUGGGAAACUGAGUAUCAACACUGAAGACUCUGGAGGGUUUGGGGUCUGUUCCCUGCCCUGUGGAGGAUGAGGGUAAAAGCACUGUGAGCUGCUGUCACUGUCCACUUGGGGUGAGCCAGGACUAGAACUUGUCUUGCUGACUAGCGCUUCUCUAGGAGAGGCCUAGCCUUGGCUACAGAGUCCUGGUGACCUUCAGUCCAGAAAGCAGACUUUAUCCCAAUCACAGCAAUGUGUAGUGUUCCCUGCCAUGCAGGGGUAAGAACUGCUCCUGUGCUGGAGCCCACACUGGACACAUCCCCUUGUUCCCAUAGUGACCAUCAAUGCUCUUGGAAGAAGAUCUCGGAACUGCCCAGACUUGCCCCUAUGGCAAGAUGAAGGCUGUGGUCACAGUGCUGACCUAGGAGGAUUCCCUGUGACAUCCUGGUGUCACACUAAAGUCACUCACUGUGGUCCUGAACACUUGCUGAUGGACAGAUCCCAUGCCCAACCUUGUUCUGUUACACUGGUGUCUCUGUGAGGGCAGAUGAGAGUUAUGACUCCCCCCACUCCACACUGACCUCCUACACUACCCCCAGACACAAUGGCUAGAAUCCUAUUCCAGUCUGCUGGCCAGGAGCACAGAAGGAAGACCAGAGGAGAGGCCAGGGGGGCAUACUAGAUGAAUAUGCAGAGGUCUGGCCUUGAAGAAUGUGGAUCAAAGCACAACCCAGACAUGGUGGAGACGUGGCCCUCCUGACCUGGAAGACCCUCAGCAGGUGGAUCUAACCUGAGAACUGCAGGCAGCAAGGGCAGGUGGUAAGAGUAGCUGAAGAUGGCCUCAUCCAGAGC